AUGCAUCCCGAUGACGCAGUGAACCUAUUACGACAGGUAUCUCAGAUUCAGGAUCAGAACAAAGCUGAAAAAGUCGCUGAACUUCUUGAGUAUCAGCCACUUGCUUUAGCAGCGGCUGCCUUUUAUGUACAAACCAUUGUGGUCAGUGGUUCUCCGAACUACCACUGGAAAGACUACUUGGAAGCACUUUCCCACGGCGAACGUGAAGCGACAGAAAAACUUCUUGCAAACCAGAACAUAGCGUAUUCCGAAACAACAACUACUGCUAUUCAAAUGGCAAUUAUGAGAGCUUUAGAAAGUAAUGACGUUCUUCGAGAAGUAUUGUAUUUGUUUUCUCUUUGUGCACCUGAGUCUCUUCCGAUGGAAGUCGCUGUUGACUUUGUUAAAUUACGUAUCACUGGGCAAACAGAAGAAUUGAUAAAAACUAAAUUUUUCAAAGCUUCCUUAUUGUCUUGUUUGCAAGACAAAGACGGCAAAUAUCCUUUUUUAAGAAUGCACAACAUCGUUCAUAAAGUGCUCAAGGUAGUUAUAACAUCUAAAAUUGAUGCAACAGAUAGAAUUCAGUGCAUUUCUAUUGUUAUUGAAAUCUUUCAAUCUUUAAUGGCAAAAAACAGAAAUCUGUUGCAUUCAAGUAGGCAUGUGUUUGCUAAGUUACGUUUAAUUACGAGUCAUUGUAAAGAAUUGCAUGUAAUUGUUAACACCGAUUUUACGAAAUCAAAAAUGUUUGUGAAUUCAAUCACCCCCAGAAAGUUAGUUUUGUGGCUUUCCUUAGCCGCUGAUGUUUGCCAUAGCCUUAGUAAUCCGUCGGAUGCAUAUCUUUUUAAUACGUCAAUCUGCAAUUUUAUGUAUUUUCUUAACAAUUUCAAAGAAGACAAAUUGUUAAAAGCGAACACGUACAACAUACAAGGAAAUGUUUACAGAAACCUUGGCCAGUACAGUGAAGCUAAAGAAUACUAUGAGAAGGCUCUGAUCAUUAGAAAAGAGAUUUAUGCUGAACACCAUGGCGACGUAGCUGCAAGCUACAACAACCUUGGAACUGUUUACAGUGACCUUGGCCAGUACGGUGAAGCUAAAGAAAACCAUGAGAAGGCUCUGAUCAUAAGCAAAGAGAUUUUCGGUGAACACCAUGCUAAGGUAGCAGAAAGUUACAAUAACCUGGGAACUGUUUACGGUGACCUUGGCCAGUACAGUGAGGCGAGACAAAAUUAUGAGAACGCUCUGAUCAUUAUGAAAAAGAUUUACGGUGAACACCAUGGCAACGUAGCUGCAAUCUACAACAACCUGGGAACUGUUUACAGUGACCUUGGCCAGUACAGAGAGGCUAAAGAAAACCAUGAGAAGGCUUUGAUCAUUAGAAAAGAGAUUUACGGUGAACACCAUGGCGACGUAGCUGCAAGCUACAACAACCUGGGAACUGUUUACAGUGACCUUGGCCAGUACAGUGAAGCAAAAGGAAACCAUGAGAAGGCUCUGAUCAUAAGAAAAGAGAUUUUCGGUGAACACCAUGGUGACGUAGCUACAAGCUACGACAACCUGGGAACUGUUUACAGUGACCUUGGCCAGUACAGUGAAGCUAAAGAAAACCAUGAGAAGGGUCUGAUUAUAAGAAAAGAGAUUUACGGUGAACACCAUCGUAAGGUAGCAGGAAGCUACAAUAACCUGGGAAUUGUUUACAGUGACCUUGGCCAGCACAAUGAAGCUAAAGAAAACCAUGAGAAGGCUCUAAUCAUUAGAAAAGAGAUUUACGGUGAACACCAUGGUGACGUAGCAACAAGCUACGACAACCUGGGAACUGUUUACAGUGACCUUGGCCAGUACAGUAAAGCUAAAGAAUACUAUGAGAAGGCUCUGAUCAUAAGAAAAGAGAUUUACGGUGAACACCAUGGUGUGGUAGCAGCAAGCUACAAUAACCUGGGAAUUGUUUACAAAUUUCUU